AAAUCCAACGGUUUGAAUGGAAAACUCAUUUGCUGGAGAAAGGAGCCAUCAUUGGGAACGAAGUCUGUCCCUCCUCUCUCUCUCUCUCUCUCUCUUUCUCCUUUCAUCUGAAAGAAGUGUGACAAAGAAUUAAUGGGGAAGGGGCUAUUUGAUCUAGAGAAGCACUUCGCCUUCUAUGGGGCGUACCACAGCAACCCGGUGAACAUUCUGAUCCACACCCUCUUCGUUUGGCCCAUCUUCUUCACAUCUCUCCUUCUCUUCCACUUCACCCAUCCCCUCCUCCCUCUGGGCUUUGGAUUUGGCCAGGGACAGGAGUUGGCCCUCAACCUCGGCUUCGUCUUCGCUCUCGUCUUCGGCCUCUUCUACGUGUUCAUGGAUCGCAAGGCCGGCUCCUUGGCUGCUCUCCUCUGCAUCUUGUGCUGGCUCGGCAGUGAUUGGCUUGCGAGCCAACUUGGCUUCUCUCUCGCAUGGAAGUUUGUUCUUGCAGCUCAGUUAUUUUGCUGGACUGGACAAUUUUUAGGCCAUGGAAUUUUUGAGAAACGAGCUCCUGCUCUUCUAGACAACCUUCCUCAAGCCUUGAUGAUGGCUCCUUUCUUUGUUUUCCUUGAGGUACUAAAAAAAUUCCUUGGUUAUGAACCAUACCCUGGCUUCCAUGCUGGCGUCCAUGCAAAGAUAGAGGCUGAACGCAAGGAAUGGCAGGAAAACAAGCAGAAGAAAAUUUCCUAACUGUGUCCUCUCUUCGAGUCAGUUGAAUGAUGUGGGUUCCUUAAUCUUUACAGCCAAUGCGCGCAAUAGUUUCUCCGCUGAGUUCAAAUAUAGUUUUCAGUAACUUAUAAGAGCUGCAUCACUUAAACAAUAGGGGAUUGUAAUAUUUACAGAACAAUGUGCAUCACUUAAAUUCCCUUUAGAGUUUUGAUAAUAUAAACAACAAUUAUGAGUGAUACAAUACAAAAAAAAAAAAAGUCCAUCAUGGGAAGAAUGAGCAGCACUUUUUGUCACUGAAUUACACUAAUGCAUGUAUUUAGCUCCAACACUUAUUCGAA